AUGUCCUCCCUAGCACAACAGCUACAAGGCAUAGCCUCCCUCGACGCUUCCCGACUCACCUCACGGACCGGUGCCCCCUCUUCCAAAUCUUACCUCUUCACUCCCCUCGAAGCCGCCCAACAAGACUUUGAUGCCGUCUUUGAGAUAGCUCAAGAGGGCUUCUCUGAGAUGCUCAGCCUCGACCCCGAAAUGGCAGAGUUUGAGGAAGAGCUCUUUUCGGAUGUGUCGAAGCGGACCGAUCGGAUGAUGCUGAAUGCGGAGGAUAAUGCGGUUCUGGACGAAGUGAUUGGGCGGUGCUUGAUGAGAUUGGGAGCUUGGGUUGGGGUGAUGGCUUGCGGAAAGUGUCUGGAGUGGCUUGUCCGGCGAUUCAGGAUCCAUGAAAUGAACGCCGAAGUAGUCCUGCAGGUCUUUCUUCCUUACCACGCAUCCCCCAAUUUUCCACGUAUGCUUUCCAUUCUCACCAUCCCCCCUACAUCUCCAUACUUCGCACCCUUCGCCCCUCUCAUCAAGGAUGCUCAGCCACUCCCGCGGUCAUACAUAUCCACCGCCAUUUCGCCGGCCAAGGAAUCCUCGCUCCGCCUCUUGACCGACGUCGUCGGGAUGGUUCCCCGUGUCUUGGGCGAGGGCGCCGUCCAUCGUGCGAUGCUCAACUUCUGGUCAGGCGUGAUUGUGGAGCUGCUGGAGAAGCCUUCCGGAGGGAAGGGGGCAGAGGGAAUGGUCAAGGCUCUAGUGGAAACGUUUGCGAUUGUCCUUUCCACGCCUGAAGCGGGACAAGAUGUCAAUGCCGCUGUCUACCCUCCGCUCGUCCUCCUCACGCGCUCUAUCCGACUCGCCGACGGCCCAUUCCUCGCACUCGUCUCGGCCCUCCUUACACCCAAUACAGGUGCCAACCCCGCUCAACGUACCUUAACGCUCCUGGUACUCCUGGAGGACCGCAAGAACUGGACCGUUGGUCUGGGCGAGAACGGCGCAGAGUGGCUCAGCAAAGUCAAGCUACUUGGCGAGACGCUCGAGGCUGCGAUGACCAAGUACGGGUUCGGCUCGGCUCUCUCCGUUAUUUUGAGUGAGAUGAUCAAGCGGCCGGACCUCAAUGUUAAACACCUUCGAGUACUUAUCGACUCUCCCGCCCUCUCCUCCCCGCUCGUCACACUAUUAGCGGACGCCCUGGUCGCCCACCAGUCUCCCACCUCUUCUGCGCCCAUCCGCAAAUCUGCCCAGACCUUCCUUACCACCCUCCGGCAACGCCACCCCUCUAUCGUCGAUAAGGCGAUAAUCACGGCCAACGCGCAAGACUCGGUACCGCAACUGCUGCGUGACAACCUGGACACGGCUAGCGGAUUUGCCGAUGUCUACGCCGCGGACGUGGCAGAUCGGAUCAAGGGUGUAAAGCAGAUGCUGGGCACGCUGGCUUCCGAGGAUGAGGGAGAUAAGGCGUCGGCGAGGGAGGCACUGUUGGCGAGACUGGCGGAUAGCGAGUUGCUCGUCAUCCAGGCGCUGUACGAGCAGCCGGAUGUGGUGGUACAAGCCCUCCAUUCCGAAUACAUCGCUGCCGUCCGCCCCAUGUUUGUGGACAGCUCGGCGAACGCCAAGAUUGUGCACGCGCACCUCGGAUUCGUGGACGAGCACCUCCUCCCAGCCCACCCGGAGCUCGCGGACCAAAUCUUCGAGUCACUCGUCUUCCCAAUCCUGCAAACGAGGGUCAUGGCCGGCUCGGCCACAGUGUUCACGGGAGGCUUGGCCAAGUUGGAGCUCGUGUCGUCCGCGACCUUCACCGCCAAGGGUCCCGAGCAGAACAUUCAAAGCCUUAGCGGUAAGUCGGACGUGACAACAACGCGUUUACCAGCUGCUAUCACCUCCUCAAAGAAAUACAAGCACUGGACUAAGUUCUUGCUCGGCCGGCUGGCAUCUCCAGUCCGGUCUGAAGCCAUCAUGUCGCAGCUCCUCCUCUCCCAGCUACUGCACACGGACAAAAAUGACCGUCGCGUCGUACUUGCUCAUGACGUUCUCCAGCGUCUUACCCCUCUGCUCUCAAAAAUCAAAGCAAAGGAUGUCGCCCAGAUUGAGUCGCCCUUAUCUUCUACCCUGCUUGAAGCGCUCCAUGGCCAGAACGUGAGCUCGCAGUCCGAGGCGAGGGGGUUGAUGUGUCUUCUUGGUGCGCUUGCGCAGGUGCAGCGGCCCAAGGGAUCUAUGGACUGGCUCGCAGAUGACGCCCUCUCUGACGCGAAAGACCACUACCGCCAGCUCUCUACCCGUCUUUACGCCCUCUCCAACUCGGGCCUCCUCCAUCCCUCCUUCGCCGGACAGCUUCUCCGCCUUCUUCUCACUCAACUCGCCGAAGACGCCUUGAUCUUCUUCGCCUCCGUCUGGUCUUCCUCUGCGGGAACCACUCCCGCACUGCGCACCGCCGCCCUUCGUCACGCCUUGGCAUUCCUCAAUGCGUACAGCGUGCAAGGGAGUGGCGCAGACUUCCAGAUGAUGUUCCCCGCUCUGGUGAUAGCGCUUCAGGACGCGUCGAGGGAGGUUCGGACGGCGGGAGUGGCGGUGCUCAAGGCGUUUGCUGCGAAUGUGGGCAAGAAAGAAGGGGAGGUAUACGCAGUGGACACAUUCUACGGUUCUCAGAGCAAAAUGGUCCAGCUCCUCAAGCCCGCGUACCUCGAAAAGUACCUCCAGGCCCUCAAGUCAGCAGCGUCCAAUAUCAUCCUCGACCCCGCCCAUAUCUCCACCAUCCACGCCACCGUGCUCGGUCCACACGGCGCACAUAGCAAGAAGGAUAAGGGCGUGAAUCGCGCGAUCCUCGCUUCCCUCUUUUCGCAUGUCGGCGCUUGGCGAUCCCUCGGUCCACGUCUGGUCCUCCUGCGCUCGUUUACGGGUCUGCACGACCAGGCUGUGCUCCGCGGCGUCCUGCCAUUAUUGUUGCCGCUGGUGGAUGGGAAUUCAGAGGAGAGCCUCUGGCUUGCUAAGCAGGCUGAGAGCGAGCAGGGGGCGUACCUCGAGCUUCUCGUGGGAACGCUGGAUAAGCAGAGCGUGAUGUUGCUCACUGGGCCCGAUAGCGAGUCGUGGAAGUUUGUCGAGGGGCUGCUUACCGCCGAAGCGGAAACUCGGUUCAGCCCCCAGCUCCGCUCGCUGGUCCUCGCGCGGAUGACAUCCGGCGUCUUCGAGGCCCUACCUCAAGCUCAGCGCAUCAACUACUUCAUCUCCCUCGUGCGCUCUCUGCACGCCCUAUCCUCCGAGGAGCGCUUCACCACUCGCGCGGCACUCCGGCUUCUCCCUCUGGACUCGGCUGGUCUUACCGUGGCUCUCACCGGAUUGUCGGCCCCGCUCGAAAGUACAGUCGGGAAGAAGCGACAGCGGCAGGACGAAGGGGUCACGGAGGGCGAUAAGGUCGAAAUGGGUAUCGCGGAUCUGACUGUCUUGCUGGAGAGUCGGGACUGGGCGGCCAUGCCUGGUAGUGCGGCACUGGCCGCGGGGCUCAUGGGCGCUCUAUCGGCGUUGUUGACAAAGCGGCAGACAGUCAAGGAGGGUGUGGAUUACUUGGAGCAGGAGCUUCUCGGCGCAAUCCUCGCUGUUCUGGAGAAGAUCAGGGACCCCGCAGAAGUGAACAAAUCCCAUAUCGGUAUCGAGGCAGUAAUCAAAACAAUACGAUCCACCUCCAAUCCCCGAACAUCUCAACGCGCCCUUCUUGUCGCUGCGGAACUGGCCCGCCUUAUCCCCGAUGCGGUCUUGCACAAUGUCAUGCCCAUUUUCACGUUCAUGGGCGCGGCGGACUUCCAGAGGGACGAUGCGUACAGCUUUGGCGUGGUCGAGAGGACUGUCAAGGGGAUUGUUCCUGUUCUUGUGGGCAAGUUGAGGGAGACUGCGGCGCCGGGACUGGAUUUGUGGAACGCGAGCGCAAACUUUGUACGAAUCUUUACGGAUAUGGCUGGCAGACUGCCAAAGCACCGGACGUUACCGUUCUUCGCCCACCUUGUCGACGCUUUAGGUCGCAGCGACUACCUUGCGCCCAUCUCUAUGCUGCUCAUUGAUCGCACCACGAGCAAGGCGGGGAAGAGCGGCAGCUCUACUGCCACUUCGCAAGCGAUCGAACUUGCUCUCGGCGUCGCGUCUUCUUCGACAGUCAUCACAAAAUUGAAUGUCGUGCUUGACGUCGUCAAAGAAGUUGGGCGAGUAUUGGCCGAUAUGUCCAGCGUGGAAGGUACCGCCUUCCUCAGCCAAUUCUCGGGUGACAACGACGAUUCCGAACGCCCUAUCCGACGCCUUACCUCCCUCCUCAACUUCUGUACCGCCAUCUCCGCCCAGCUCGUCGGCAAGCCAACAGACCAGCCGCUCGUCCAGGAGAUCGUGCGCGAGCUGGUCAGGCUAUUUGGUCUCGUCCAGACUUCCUCCCUGAAGACUACCGAUGUCCCCACCACCAGUUCGAGGUGUCUCGGCGAGAACAUGAAGCUUCUCUCCGCGGAGAACUUUUUGGGCGUCGUCCGCGACCUCGCUGGCUCGGAUAAUACACAGGACAUCCAGCAUGCUCUUGACCUCUUCUCGGAGCGCCUCCCACUUAUCAAGCGGGAUGUCCGGCUCAAAUCUACCUCUUCGAUCGCUGCCAUUCUGCGCCGGUCGGCCGAGCUGCUUUCUGCCAGUGUCAAGGAGAAGGUCGUGGCUGGUUUGGUGGGCCUGAGGGCUGUCGUCGUGUCGGCGGUCCCGGCCGAAGAUACGUCGCUGGCGGCGGUGCUGCCGAAAUUGAUCGAUGCGCUCAAGGGGCAGGAUUCGGGGGUCUUGAACGAGGUACUGAAGUUGUUGGAGCUGUCGACUCGACACCUCGGUCCACGGAUCAUCCCCUCCAUCCAGCCGACUCUUACCGCCGCACUCGCACUCAUUGCCCGACCAAAUGUCUCCCCCGACACUGCCCAUUCCGCCUUCGCCGUCCUCUCCACCAUCAUCGAGACCGUGCCCACCUUUAUCGGCGCCAAGCAGCUCGGCAUCGUUCUCCGCGCGGCUAUCGAUAGCCGGGAGAAGAACGAAGCGUCCAGCUCGUCGCUCGUCAGUGUUUGCGCGAGGAAGAUCCCCACCAAGGUGCUCUUCCCCGUCGUCAUGGACUUGUGGAAGACGGUGCAGUCUGCCGAUGAGAAUGUCUUGGAAGGCUUCUUCCACCUUCUCCGGCUCACGCUCAAGAAUGCCGAUCGGGCGGUCCUGCCUACGCUCAUCAAGACCAUCUUUGCGUUCUUCCUGGACGUGUUUGAUCUGCGUCACAAGCUGCACUCGAAAUCCAUGGACCUGGAGGUGGUCGACCGGGUGGAAGAGUCUGCAAUCGGCUCGUUCUUGGAGCUUGUCACCAAGCUCAACGAAGCGACUUUCAAGCCGCUCUUCACAAGACUGUACGACUGGGCUGUCAUCGACCUGUCUGACGGCAAGGCCAUCAACGAUCAACGACUGGUCGAGCGUAAAACGGUAUUGCUCCACGUCAUGAUGGGACUCUUGAACAAGUUCAGGCACCUCCUCUCUCCCUACAUCGGCAUCCUUCUUCCGCACCUGGAAGAGCUUCUUGCCGCGUACGCCCGGGGUACGAUCACCGAUCCUUCCCUGUGGACACUCCUCGUACGCGUCCUCGGCAAGUCGUUCGAAGUCGACGAAGGCGCAUACUGGACCGAAGCCCUCUAUUUCCGGCUCAUACCCCUCCUCACCGCCCAGAUCGCCGUCUUGCCCGACGCAACCCUCCUUCCCGACGCGGCGCUGUCCGUCUCCCUCGCCGCUCUUGCCGGAUCAACCACCUCGGAACCGAUCCUGAAGGCGCUCAAUACCGGCGUGUGUAAAAUCACAAGGGAGGAGAAUGUCCGGGUCCGUAUGGCCGCGUUGAGAUGUAUGGACGCGAUGUGGGAGAGGCAGGUGGAUGAGAUGGUGGGGCUUGUGCCAGAGACGGUGUCAGAGUAUCUGGCCGAGUUGAUUGAGGAUGAGAAUGCGGAUGUGGAGGGGAUGGCGAGGGGUGUCCUUGGGAGGAUCGAGCGGGUCACUGGAAGCUUGAAGGAGUACCUGGAGUAG